GGUGGAUUACGCCGGAGUAGGGGGAGAGGUUGUCGCGCUGAUUGUAAAAGAGAGGGACAAUAGGUCCUUUAGUCUGAUUGGGUCCCCAGGUUGGCAACACCCGAGAUGAGAGUGCACAGGAAGCCGCUAUAGAGGCAGCAUGAGAAAAUGCACGUUUAUUUAUAUGUAGAUGGAGAAGAGGGGAAACUUUACCGAGAGGCUAACAAGGGAGAGCACGCACUCAAGGUGACUUUAAGAGAGAUUUCAUACCUUUAAGAAAAACUUCAGGCAAAGGAAGAGGAAAGAAAAAUUAGCAGAGGAGAAGCAAACAAGGCAGAAAUAAAUUUUAAAAAAGAAAGUCUGCUGCAGGAAUCAGAAAAUAAGAGGAAAUAACACGUGAACAGCACAAGUCUGUUCAGCAUCGCUGCGUUUCACAAUGGGGGUCCAAGUGCAUCUUCCAGCCACUGUAGGCAGCUUUUUGCUACCUGUGACCCUUUGCAUUUUGACCCUUCUGGCUCAAGGCAUCCUGGGUAAAUCAGGAGACGAGGAAAAUACCAGAAGCUCUGCGCUUCUGCAGAGGGUGAAAAGAGGAUGGGUGUGGAAUCAAUUUUUCGUCUUGGAGGAGUACACCGGACUGGAGCCGCUUUACAUUGGAAAGCUCCACUCGGACAUGGACAAAGGCGAUGGUUCCAUCAAGUACAUUCUGACGGGUGAGGGGGCAGGUACCACCUUCACCAUUGACGAUAGCACAGGGGACAUCCACGCCAUCCAGAGGUUGGACAGGGAAGUGAAGUCGCAGUACAUUCUCCGGGCCCAGGCCCGAAACCGCCUCACAGACCGACCUCUGGAGCCUGAAUCAGAGUUCAUCGUCAAGAUCCAGGACAUCAAUGACAACGAGCCAAAGUUCCUGGAUGGUCCCUACCAGGCCACCGUUCCAGAAAUGUCCAGAAUAGGAACGUCUGUGAUCCAGCUCACUGCCACAGACGCCGACGACCCCACGUAUGGAAACAGCGCUCGUGUCGUCUACAGUAUUCUGGAGGGGCAGCCAUACUUCUCUGUGGACGCAAAAACCGGUGUGGUCCGGGUGUCCUUAGCAGACAUGGAUCGAGAGACCAGAGAGAACUACACCAUCCUGAUCCAGGCUAAAGACAUGGGCGGACAGCUGGGGGGGCUGGCGGGGACCACCACCGUCAACAUCACGCUGAGCGACGUCAACGACAACCCGCCCGUGUUUGACCAGCGGUUGUAUCAGAUGAGCGUGCUGGAGUCGGCCCCUGUGGGCUCGGUGGUGGGCCGGAUCUGGGCCAAGGACAGGGACAUUGGCGUCAACGCUGAGAUGAAAUACAGCAUCAUCGACGGAGACGGGAGGGACACGUUUGACAUCAGCACUGAUGCCACCAACCUCUUUGGCAUCAUCACCGUAAAAAAGCCGUUAAACUUCGAGAACAAGCCAAGCUACACCCUGAAGGUGGAGGGAGCCAACACCCACCUGGACCCGACCUUCCGGCACCGCGGCCCCUUCAAGGACGUCACCAUCGUUCACGUGAGCGUGGAGGACGUGGACGAGCCCCCGCUGUUCGGCUCGCCGUCGUACUACAUCGAGCUUCUGGAAGACGCCGAGAUCGGGACAGUGGUGAAGACGGUGUCGGCGCGAGAUCCUGACGCUGCCAACAACACAGUGAGGUACUCCAUCGACAGGAGCAGCGACCCCAAAAAAUUCUUCUACAUUGAAAUCACUUCCGGGACGCUGAUGACGGUGCGUUCGCUGGACAGAGAGGAGGUGGGAUGGCACAACAUCACAGUCCUGGCCAUGGAGAUGAAUAACCCCAAGCAGAUCGCGAGCGUGUCUGUGGCUGUGAGGGUGCUGGACGUCAACGACAAUCCACCGUCACUGUCGCAUUACUUGGAGACGUUUGUGUGUGAAAACGCCAAAGCAGGACAGCUGAUCCAGACCGUGACGGCGGUGGAUCCAGACGAACCUCUGGGGGGCCAACGCUUCUACUACAGCUUGGCUCCGGAGGCCGCCAACAACCCCAACUUCACGCUGAGAGACAACCAAGACAACACGGCGUGGAUCCUGACGCGCCGCGGCGGCUGGUCCCAGCAGGACCAGACCGUCUUCUACCUGCCCAUCUUCGUGUCCGAUGGCGAGCAGCCGAUGCAGACCAGCACCAGUACUCUGACCAUCCGGGUGUGCAGCUGCGACCAGGAGGGAAAUGUCAUGUCGUGCAACGCCGAGGCCUACAGCCUGCCUGCCAGUCUCAGCAAAGGAGCGCUCAUUGCUAUUCUGGCCUGCAUCUUCGUCCUGCUGGUGAUGAUUCUCCUCAUGCUUUCCCUGCGGACACAUCGUAAAAAGCCCUACCUCUGCGAUGAGGAGGAGAACGUGCACGAGAACAUCGUACGCUAUGACGACGAAGGCGGCGGUGAGGAGGACACCGAGGCCUUCGACAUCGCCGCCAUGUGGAACCCCAGGGAAGUGCACCAUCCUCUAGGCAAGAUACGGCAAGACAUGAUGCCGGAGAUUGAGAGCCUGUCGCGCUAUGUCCCUCAGCCGUGCGUGAUCGGUGUGGGCAGUGGCGAAGACAGCAACGUCCAAGGCUAUGUGCUGGCGAAGCUCCUGGAGGCCGACCUGGACCCGUGCGCGCCGCCGUAUGACUCCCUGCAGACGUACGCGUAUGAAGGCGAAGGCUCGGUGGCCGAGUCGCUCAGCUCGCUGCAGUCGGGAACGUCGAACGCCGACCAUGAGUACGACUACCUGAACGACUGGGGGCCACGCUUUAAAAAACUGGCAGAGAUGUACGGAGUGCUGGAGACAAACACGCCUCCCAUGUGGUAGAAGGAGAAGAAAGGCAAAACACAAAUGAGAAGACAAAGCUGGGACGCCCGUAUUCUACAUCCGAAGGCUGGAUUAUCAGCAGCCUUGAAGGCCUUCACGCCUGCAGAGGCAGUCUGAGCUGGGUUUAAAUCUUCUUCAAAGAUGGGCUGGAUUUUUGGGCCUCAUGGGGCCCAGUAGAGGAACAGCUUCAAAGCACACGUUAACCCCCUUCUCGGGUCUGAAACACCCAGACAGCGCCCCUUUGGUUCAAAGUGUUUGAGCUGGAGAUAAAAACUCCCUACACCACAGAGAUGUUUUCUUCUGAGAGAAAAUCAGUGUUUUGAUGUGUUUUUGGUCCUAAUUUACUCCUUUGUUUCAACUUUUGUAUUUAUGUUUUAAUUUAUUUGGGUUCUUCAACUAGCACUGUGCGUAAACUUUAAAAACAUCACAUAUGUUGUGACAGUAGACACCUUCGGUUUGCUAGAAAGGAGCUUUCAAUGCUUCUAAAAGUCACACUCAUUGGUAUAAAUUACCAUUUGGUAUAAAUUACUGGACUGGACAUUGCGUCACUAUCAUGUCAGUGAAAUUUGUAUGCAAUGAGUCGCGAAUAUCAGUUGGGAAAAUGACAUGAUCACAAAGAAUUUUUAAAAAGAACACCAUGUUUUGAUAUUAAUUGUCAACACUAAAAAGAAGGAAGUAGGUCAGUUAUUCUAGCUUGACUUUGUUAACCGUAACAUUCCAAUGUGUUUCGGUUCAAUUAUCGCUAAAAUAAGGCAACCCACACACCAUUCUGACAGAUUAUCAGUAGAGCAGGUGUGAAACGAAGAAAACGAGUGAUUUAGAGUUGUUUAUCAGUGUUAUCUGCACUGGUGCACUGCAGCUGCUGUAAUUUCUAAAAGUUCAAUAAACGACAGAAGCUGAGCUAGAUGCCUUGUUUGUUUGUAGAAUGUCGCAAUAUUCAUAACAAUCAUCAAAAUGGAUUAAAUAUUUCAUAAAGUAAAGCAGCAAUUAUGUAAAAUUAAACUAUUGUCCAAGAUAAAGGAGAAAUUUGUUUAGUCCUCUCUUGCAUCUUGACUGAACAGAGAGAAACCAAACUGUUUACAAAU